AUGAACAAACUCCUCCGUCUCAUCGAGGCAUUGAACAAAUCUCCACAUAGCUUAACCGAGACUGAGCUAAUUAACGCUUGCAGCGAGUUAAUGGAGAUUACAGAGGUGGGCUUCAAGCUGGACUGGUUGAAGACAAAGCUUGAUGAGGUUUUCUUGGAGAGGAAGAAAGAGAAUGCUGAUGCGUUACAAGUCGAGGAACACAUCAUGACUCUCAGAGAUGCGCUGAAGAAUGAGAAAGCCAUGUCUUCUACUUCUGAUGCUAAAGACUGGCUCGAGGGCGUUGUUCGCUCUUGGAAUCAGUGGAAACUAAGAAUGGGGCUUGCUGAUCUUGGUGAUAAAAAAUUUGACUGA